AUGGCUCUCUCUUCCCAGCAAAUUGACCUCCUGGCGAGGAAGGAGGACACUAGCGCCACGGCUGAACGCAUGAUGCGCGAGACGAAGGACUCCCUUUUGUUCCAAUUCCGAUGGGAGAAUCUCCUCAUGUCAAGCCCAGUUGUUCUGAACUGCAUCAGCGCUUGCAUAAUCGCUGCAGGCUCUCCAGAUGCCAAUGUCACCUUUACCCCUCCCAGGGACGGGUUCAAGUACUUGGUUGACUUCGGUGGCCAGUACGGACUCAGGCCCAAUUUGGUAAGGUGCACCGACUUGGGACGAUUUGCCUUUAUUCAGACAGAGUCAAGCAUGGAAAAGAUCAACAUGUUGUCGCGACAGUUCUACGAAAUCGUUGAUGAUGCAUUGCAAAUCCUCUACAGCCCACAGGACGCAAGGAGGAUGCUUCGAGUACAGUUGGAUAGAUUGUGCCGUUCAUCUUUGGAAUGCUACGAAGCUGCCAGAUCUAUCGACGAGAAGCUUGAACAGUGGCUCAACCAUGCAUCCGAGCUUCAUUUGGCCUGUAUCGCGACGCAGGCUUCCAACCAUGACCAGCUGUCUGUGAACGAGAUCGGAUUGGCUGUCACCAAGGCAUCAAUUGAUUAUCGAGAGGAGACUGGCGAUGAGGCCAAGGCUGUUACUAGGAACCUUGAAAAGUCCCUUGACGCAGCAACUGAGGCAUACAAAAAGGCCUCAGACGGUUUCCCAACCGGUUGGGACAUCCUUGGUGAGCGCAUUGUCGAACAGCUGGCCGAUAGCUUGACCACCGCCUUGAACCAAGCCAUUCCCACCCUGGCAUCCAACUUGAGCCCUGUUGCAAAGGCUACAGAGUACGCCAAUAUGGCGAAAGGCAUCAUAGGCCAAAGUGACAACAACAAUGCGACGCCCGACAACGGCGUGGUAACGGCUUCGAGUGCGACCAGCCCGAAGGAUGCAGCCGACCCUGCUUACAACCAGGUCGGACGUGACCUGAUUUAUUGGGGUCUCAUUAAUGCCAUCUUCAUUGGUGUAGACGGCGGCAUUGACUGGGACAAGGCAAAUGGAGAAGCGGGCAAGUCUACCGCAUUUGCGGCCAAGAUGCUGGGUAAUUCGCAACAGACGUUUGCCUCUUUGGCCACUUCUGCAGAGCCCAGUCAGCAAUACAAGGUAGCUUUGGAAACAGUCUGCAAGAUCACAGCUGGUAUAGUCGCCGAGCUGGACAAGGCCAAGGAUUUCACCUACAGCGCACCAGCAAAGGAUUCGGCUCUUGUCAAAGGUUGGCAGAAGGACUUCCUGAGCGCGUAUGCAAAGGCAGUCGAGCUGAACACAACCGCCAAGUCUCUCCCAGGAUCGACAGCCAAUGGAGUAACUGAAGGUGUUGACCUAGCGACCCAAGCAGCUCAGAUCCAUGCCAAGACAUCACAAGCCCAGGCAGUUCUUGAAUCAGCCAGGAAUCGGCUCAACAUUGCAUCGGCAGCCUUGACUGCAAGCAAGGAGACCUACCAGAAGUCCACUGCGCUGCUUGGUGAGCAGCAGAAUAAGUUGAGUGAGCUUAAUGCCUCCCUGGACCGCCUCCAGUCUUCGAACCUGAAGAUGGAUGCAAUCAAGUCGAUCCUCAUUCAUUGCAUCACAUUGGCCGUGAAACUCAAGAACGAGGUUACAAAUCUCGUGCGGUUCUUCAAGGCCAUCACGACUAUCAUCCAGUUCGUCGCCGAGAAGCAUUUCAACCCAUACAUUGAGACUAUCAAGGUGAUCACCAACGAUGGUGGCGAUCCAGGCGAAUCCUACAAGCUCGGACCGUAUACUUUGACAGACCUGCAACAAAAUUCAUGCUUCAAUAGCCUCAUUACCAUUCGAUCUUACUACUCGGUCUUUGGCGACAUUGCUUCCAUGUGGACCCAGAUCUCGCGAUCAUCCGUCUUCCCGGGACUUCGUAUGGUCGACGAGAUUUCCUCUUGCGACCCAAGUGAAGACUCUAGCAUGAUUCGCAGAAGAGCAAACCAGCUCCAAGAAUGGUCAAAGCAGGCAACUGACGACAUUUCAAGGAAGGCAAAGGAGAGACAAGCCAAAACCAGGGGAGCGAUGGAGUCGCGCGUGGCCGAGAUCAAUGAGAAGACCAAUAGGCUUCCCUCUGCUGCACCUGAGAUCUCAAAGGCCAUCACUUCUGGAGCAGAGACAGCCCAGAGAACUGCUCAGCAAGGGCUUCAAACAGAAGCAGACCAGAGUCUUCUGAUGAAGCUCCUCGCCAUGUGA